AUGUACACCGCCAAGGCCCUCCUCGCUCUGACCGUCCUCGCAGAUGUGUCGCUCGCUCAGACUUACCUGCACCCUGAGGAAUGCACCAAGUCCAUCGACAUCCUAAACGAGAUUGCUCCCACGUUGCCUGCAAAGCUUCAAUCAGCAUAUGGCGCCUAUCACUCGAUGGAGCCCAAUGCCGAGAUUCUCCUCAAGGACCCCGCCAAGUACGUGAGAGAUACGUGCGCCUUCGUUCUGAAAUUGGACGAGUCAGUGUUGGGCGACUUCCAGGAAUAUGGUCACUCGCUCCUCCAGUUUGCCAGCACCGAAAUCUCCUCAUAUGAUGCCAUUAUCACCAAGUGUAUCACCACUGGUGCCGCCGCCGCUUCCGUCACCAGCUACCUCCAUUCUAUCGUCAGCGCCCCUGACGCUCUUUGCAAGCCUACCAGCACCCCCGCUGCCAACGGCACAGCCUCUAUCACCCCUUACCCUACACCUACCAACGGCACUAGUGGCGGCGUUCCCAGCACAUCAGUUCCCGUUGCCGCUGCUGCCCGGCCGACUGGUGCCCUUCUUGGCGCUGCCGCCGCCAUAGGUGGUCUUCUAGAUAUUAGCCCUUCUUGGCAUGGCUGCCUGGCCGCGCGAAGGAAUAUUCCGGUGCUCCAGACCAGCGGGUGA